AGAUACAGUCACGAGGUAGCAAUUAAAGAAUAAUACUACCGUUUUAUGCUUCUUCUGCGCCGCUUUAUGCUUAUGCAUAGUUUCUACGCCUCCCGCUGCGGUGCGGUGCGGUUCAUCGGCUGAUGUCUGUCGGUGGGUGCGGGUUGGGAAUACGAGAUCCAGCUUCGGCCUGUCGAUCACCUCGUGUUGCUCAACGCACGAGGUCUCUACUGCAAGGUAAAAUGAAACUUGGAGCUCGCGGUGAGGUAUAGCACGGAUCAGGAUAGCUUGUGGGACUGAGCUGGAGGUUCUAUGUCAUAAGUUUAGACCAGAGGUGUUGAACAUCUAUAUAAACAGCCCUCAGCCUCUCUUCUCAUCCCAUCUCAUCUCAUCACACACUCACACAUCUCAUCUGCACACAAACAAAAGCACUUCCCCUACAAACAAAAGCACUUCCACUCAAAACAAACACUCAAAAUGAAGUUCUCCGCCGCAGUCUUCACCCUCCUCGCCGCCACCGGCGUCACAGCCGCACCCGCCGCUGAGUCCGUCAACAUGAUGGCCUCAACCCCCCAGUGGACCAUCCGCGACGCCAAGCGGUACUGCCGCUCUGACGACUCCAUCUGUAACUGGAAGUUCGGCAUCGACACGGGCGACGGCAAGCCCUAUGAGUGCCGCUACGACGUCAAGGGUCCCGGCGCGAGCAAGAAGCGCAGCGCUGGACCUAGCACAUGCGGCGACUUCACCAUCACCUCUGGCUGGAGCGACCAGUUCGGCGCUGACAAUGGUUUCACUACGCUUUCUGUUGUGUCCAAGUCGAAGCGUCAGAUCAUCUGGCCUGCUUAUACGGAUAAGCAGCUUGCUGGUGCUAAGAUUGUUAAGCCUGAUCAGUCUUAUGCUCCUGCUUCUCUCCCCAAAUAAGCGAGCGACACUGGAUUGAGGUGGUUUGACGUAUAAUAAUUGCUUGUACAUAUUUGAAGGAUGGAAAGGAAGACCUGGGGUCACAAUACAUGAACGCAUUUAGCAUCAUUGGUCAAUUAUUCCCGACGUGAAAGUGUGACAUCCAUCGCUUGGUCGGCCGAGUGCCGUCGGGCUUUCGGCCGGACGGUUCGGCACCUUGUAACGCAAUCAUCAUUGCAUCACAUGGCACGCGCAGUAAUAACAGCCAGUAUCAUUGCGGAUUUUGGAACAGGUAAUGACAAUAGCGAGCCGUAACAUGUCGGUUUGAUACCUGUUAGCCAAAAUGUUUGUCGUGUCAAAGUUACUCAUUACAUGUCUGGACGGAAUAUUAACCCGACGCUUCAAGGUGACAGCCAGUGCUGUAGUAAUGCCUAAUCAGAUGAUAUGCAUUGAAUGAGUUUCCUAUAAUAUCUCCGACUGAUAAACAUCAAUAGCAGCCGUCAAUGGCCCUUGGUCAAUGGAGCGUGGGGCCUUGUUGAACCAGCUGGAUGUUAGCAGUCUAAUAAGCCCGGUUACCCUGCAGAUGGCACAUUCUCAAUUUUUGGCGGUGUCGGUAGCAAGGUAUUGCCAUUGGUAUAGACUCCUUUGAUGUCCAAAAACGCUUUUCAAUCACAUAUUUACGUCAAACGAAACUCGCAGUGGUGAUGUUGUAUUGUGUUUGGUAACCAGUCUCAUCCAAAUUCGAUCUGCUUUGCCCAUUUAUGACGGUGUCGCACAAUACACAGAUGCAC